AUGACUCGAAAAAGCAUGGCCCAGGAGCCUGAAAAGGCGCACCGACUCUCCCUCGCCGAACUGGCCGCCCACGACGACGUGUGUUCAGACGCGCUAAUAGAUAAUGCAUACUACAAGGCGCGAAUACGGAAGAAUCGCACCAAGCAUAUCCCAAUUCGGGGAAUCAAGGAGGAUGAUGUCCCUCGCAUCCUGCUGCACAAAGUCAUUGUUGACAAAGAUCUGGGGGCCGCCGAAAAGGCACUGCUGGCACUCCCUGGUCUGAAAAGAUACAAGAAGAGCCUGCGCUCCAAGCCCGAGCAAGACCAUUUCCUCUCCCACCUUCGAAAGUAUAUCGCAAUGUACCAAACCGACUGCCCCUGGGAAGUCUCUACCACCAACCGUUAUACCAUCACCACGUACGAAGCGGCCGUCACCGCCCGACGACGGAUCAAGCAAGGUGACUCGGUCAAAUACCUUACCGGUACCUUGGUGCCUCUGACCACGGAAGAAUCGGCCGACUUGGACUUGACGAAUCGCAACUUCAGCAUUGUCGUGUCCAGUCGCAAGAAGAACUCGUUGAUAUUCCUGGGCCCUGCCCGCUUCGCCAAUCAUGAUUGUGACGCCAAUGGUCGGCUUGUGACACGGGGUCCUGACGGCAUGGAGGUGGUUGCCAUGAAGAACAUCGAGGUCGGAGAUGAGAUCACUGUCUCGUAUGGCGACGACUACUUUGGCCCUAGCAACAUCGACUGUCUGUGCCAUACAUGUGAAGUGCUUGAACGCAAUGGCUGGACCUCGAAAGCCGCGAUCCUCGAGCCUGGGAGCCACGCCUCGACCCCUGCGCGAGAUCUAGCUGCCAGUCUUCAACCACGCGGUUUGAAACGCAAACGGGAGUCUGAGUCUUCCUCGCAAUCUUCUUCAGCUGUUCCAUCGAAGCACUUGAAGGUUACUCAAUCCCCGUCCAAAUUACAACAUUCGUGGACCCCGCCCGGUACCUCCGACUCCGACAAUACCGAAGACACUGCUGUCGGGGAAUUGUCGGAGCCGGUCAAACCCCUUUCAACUUUGGUGUCCGGAGAGGAAACAACGCUCUCGCCGCCUCAUAGCCCGUCGAGAUUAACUGAGCGAGGAGAUGCCGAUGACUCGAAUCUGGAUGUACCACUGCCACCUUUGGGGGUAUUAUCCCACUCGCCGAUCGCGAAGCAGAAGUCACCCGGCAGUUCCAAAUCCCGAAAAGGCCUGCGUGAAAGCAAGAUGACCGCUAGACUACUUGGAAAAAUCUCUUCACGCGCUCCCAUAUCACCGGCCCCGACAUCUCCAUCCAGUUACGGAUCCGCAAACGAGGCGGGGGCUUCGACCCACCAAAUUCCGCUCAGUGGGAGUGCCAUUACAAUCAAGGUCGAGUCGAUGGAAGUGACGAAGCUGGAAGCAGAUGAGGAUACCAUCGUCGUUUCCUCGUCCCCCCAAGACUUCGCGAGAGUACCAGAGCAACUUCUUCGUGUUGACAGUGAGGUUGAGAACACCGAGGUCCCUCCUGAGUCCACCCACGCCCCAAUACCACACGCUGUGUCAACGCUUUCAACAACGACCAUCAGCAGAGAUGUCCAUGGAUCUGGGGAUUCUAACGGUGUGGCCAUGGAAGCAAGUGUAUUGCCGUCAAUCGAACCAACCACCUCAUCGACCACGGUGACCAAAUUGACCGUCCAUCCUGUCACGGGCACGAUCCGCAUUGCAGGAGAUUACAUUUUGACACGAAAGCUGCUGGCGCAACCUCAUGACCGUUGGGUGCAGUGUCACAACGACACGUGCUACGGGUUUUUUGUGCAGCCGAACGGAUAUCAGACCCGGCGCGAGUGCCCUCGAUGUGAACGGCACAGCAUGCUGUACGGGUUUCCCUGGCCCAAGACCGAUCCUGACCCGCGAAAACUCCUUGAACGCUCAGGACGGGGGAAGAAAGCGGCCGCCACCGAAUACAGUGCGUAUCGGCGCAAAGGAAGAUGUGGAAAGGGUACGUGGGUGGAAGGAGCAGGCGACCCGGAAGAAAGAGUCAUGGACCACCGCACCAUCCAUCGGUUUGUGCUGCCUGAAGAAGAGCGAGAGUUGAGCCGAAAAGGGCUUUUGAGGGAAGCGGAGCUGGCGAGAGCUGCAGGCGAUCAUGCGCUGGCUGUGCUGGAGGCCAAAAUGCGGGCUGGGUCGAGAGGACCGGGGACGGAGAGUGCAGCCGGAGACGUGAGCGAGAGUGGCCAUGGCUCUGCGACGCCUGAUGAGGCGAGAAGGAGAAGCAAUCGCUUUGUCACGAGGCCGGUCGGGGUUUACACGGACAAGUACUAG